CUGUCCGAGUCCGAUCUCGUCAGACACCCGUGCUAGAUCAGUGGACAGCCGCCACGAGGUGACAGACCAUUGAAGGUGUGUAUGGACUGCUGCACUCUUGCCUGUGCCUGCUGCUGCUCUAUGAAGGACUGCAGCUCCCUCUGGGUGGCCUCAUCGAACUCCUUGGCUGCUGCCAUUCUUCGCCGCUCAGCUUCACAAAAUUGCGAGCCAAGUCGUGCGCAAUCGUGAUCGAGAGAGGAAAGUGGAAGCGACGAUGCUGACUUGCAGAGCCUGUCUGCUGGCAGGCAGGAGCCCAGCAGUACGCUCUUCAGUCGGCCGAUCAGGCAGCAGGAGGAAGAUCAGCAGCGGUGUAGCAGCCAUCGAUGCAGACUCGCUCCCUGACCGAUUUGAGCUCCUCGAUGAUGAUCAGGUCGAAUGGCUCAACAGGGCAGAGCUCGCUCGGCCCACCAUCAGGAGAUCUGCACAGGCCAAGUAUGGUUCUGCACAGUCUGGCCAGAUCGACCUGCCCCUGCCUCUCCAGCAAGCUGUAACGCAACUCGUCCAAGAGAGCGACAGGCCAUUGCUGCGUCAGGAUGCAUUGAAGCUCUAUGCUCGCAUGGGCGAGAGCAGCAGACAGGGCCAACAAGAUCGCAAGAAAGGCAGACUGCCUCGCGAUCAGAGAUCUCCUGCCAGUGUCAGGGACCAGCGCACGAAGAUGGUCUACGACCAUCGCUCUGCACUCGCCUAUGCUGCCGGCGUCAUGCCCUCCGUCUAUGCUGCUACCCAGUCCGUUCUGCAGGAGACGCGAAAGAGACUAGAGGCUAGCGCGAGCCAGGCCGGCUGGCGUCCAGGUCGGAUCAUCGAUUUUGGCAGCGGUACUGCAAGCACGGCAUGGGCUGCAAACGCGGUAUGGCCAGAGCACAAGAUAGCCUAUACCGCCCUGGACGCGUCUCCAUCGAUGACCCAUACCGCCGCAAAACUUCUUGCAUACUUACCAGACGAGCAUCUAGAUCGCAGCUUCCACACUACCCGUAUCCCGACAUCAGAUUCGUCAUCGAUCACGCAGAACGCGAUAGGUGAAGAUGCCCAACACACUCUGGCGAUCUCAGCUUUCGCACUCGACGAGUUGGGCUCCACAAGUGACAGGAGAGACUGCAUCCGUGCAAUGUGGGAAUCGGGCGCACAGGUCAUCGUCCUCAUCGAGCGUGGGACUGCAAAGGGUUUCAUGCAUAUCGCCAAAGCAAGAGAGCAGCUCCUCAAUCUCGGCAGACGACGACCGGAUGAGCAACCUCUGGGCGCUGAUGAUCCUGUCGAAUCGGAUGCGGACGUACUCCACAUUGGCGGUAAUACGCUCGUGGCUGAUGAUGCAAAGGUACCGGACGGAUCUGCUCUUCAGGCAGAGGGCAGCUACGUCGUCGCACCUUGUCCACACGACGGCGAAUGUCCACUCCAUCGCGAGAAGGACAUUUGCCACUUCUCUCAGCGAGUGUCGAGACCUAGCUACCUGAGAAGAACAAAGCACGCUCGUGUAGGAGAGGAAGACAGCAAAUUCUCCUACGUCGUCAUCCGCCGCGGGCCUCGCCCUAGCCACGCAAUUUCUGAAGCUAGACAGGCUACAACUCGCGAGGAAGAUGUCCAGCUAAGUCAGAGAGAGCGUCACGAUGCAAUGGCCUGGCCGAGACUGCUCUAUCCGCCCAUGAAGCGAUCGGGACAUGUGAUCAUGGACGUCUGCUCGUCAUCCGGACACAUCGAACGAAUGAUCAUUGCCAAGUCUGCCGGUCGACAGGCAUACUACGAUGCCAGGAAGAGCUCGUGGGGUGAUGCUUUCCCACACGCUUCGCGCACGCCGCCCGUCGUGAAGUCUUUCGACGGUGCCAAGCGGCUUCACGACUUUGCCAUCCGAGCGACUGGCUCGGGAGCGGACUGGCUUGCAGGCGGAGGUGAGAACGAGGUGGCCGAUGAUCGGCAGACGCUCAGACAGGUCGAUGCUGUUGUGCCCUAACGGAUGUGCUCAUGUUGCUUGAAGAUCGCACUCGUGAAAGGCGCCAGGUCGUCUUCCUCGAGACAGUCAGGUCCUCUGGGUGCAAAGAUCUUGAUAUGUCGCACAUGAGUGUCUUUGCCGUUGAGAUGAUUGGCCAGUAUCGCAAGCUGGAUGUAGUGCGCACGGAUCACACCCCUUUCCGGGUCUGCGUCUGCACUGUCUUGGUCCUCUUCGUCGUCCUCUUCGCCCA